AUGCGGGUUGCAGUAGUUAUAUUUUUACUUCUUUGCUUCACGUGGCAACCCGUGAACGGAAAAGUGCUAGGAGUCCAGCGCGCACUCGUGAGUCACUACGAUUCUGCUGAAGCCUCGGGAAAGUUUCGUUGCAUUGACGGCUCUAAAACAAUCCCCUUUUCGGCGGUGAACGAUGACGUUUGUGAGUGCCCAGACGGAAGUGACGAGCCUGGGACUUCGGCGUGUGCAAUGCUGCGCAAAGGCGUGGUGACGCAGCUUUCAAAAAACUGGCAAUUUCAGUGCACUAACGAAGGCUUCUUUGAGCAGCAGAUUCCCCAUAGUCACGUCAAUGACGGAAUUUGCGACUGCUGUGACGGCUCCGACGAGUUGGCCUCCGGUGUCCCGUGUGUAAACCGUUGCGGUGAGGUUGAAAGCGAACUUGCUCGCCAAAAACAGGAGGAACGGAAAAUGCUACAAAAGGCUGCUGUUAUCAAGGCGGCCAUGCGUGCCGAAGUAAAGAAACAUCACGAUGAACUGGCCAAUGCCCUUCCUGCGCAAAAGGCGGAGCGCGAGGCAAUCCUUGCCGAGCUGCCGGCACUAGAAGAAAAGAACAAGGAAUUGCAAACAGCUUUGGAGCUGGUGCGCGAGCAACUGCGCGCCAAGUACGUAGAAUGGGAAGCUACCAAGGGAGACAGGGAGGCUGCGGAGGAAGAGAGCUGUUGUAUCAAGUGGCGUCAAACUGGCAAUUGCAAAGCCGAUGGUCCACGUGAAGCCGCGGAGGACAAGGACUGCGAGACUAUCAUUCGUGGUGUCUCUUCUGGUUUCUGCGAGUGCGCCCCGGCGAGCCCAGAGGACGAGUCAAAGGACGACACCGACGUCGCAGCUGGUUCCGUCGAGUACCGGUUCGCAUGUGGUCACCCAGAUUUAACCUGCAUGCAUGUUUGCGACAACAACGGCGAGGCUGCUGUCGACGCAGCCCAGAAAGAACCUGAAAACCCCAACUCGUACACGACACCGGAGGCGACGGCUGCAGAAGAGGCCGUUACGUCUCGGAGAAACAGACUAGCGGAAGUAGAGAAAGCCAUUGAGGAAGCGGAAAAAGUGUUGAACUCCACAACCCCGACAACUGAGGAACUGCUGCGAACUCUGGAAGGGAAAACAUUUACAAUUGACUUUCGUGACCAUACAUUUGAACUGACAAUGUUUAAAGAGAUAUUCCAACGCGAUCGUGGUGCCACCGGCGGCGGGCCGUUGAUUGGCAAGUGGAAGUCAUUUGCGGAAAACACCUACGCCAUGUGGGCCAAGGACGCGUACGAUUUAUCCCAAAUGAUUUACGACAAUGGAAUGCGGUGCUGGAAUGGUGUGUAUCGAAAGGCGGACAUCCAGCUUGUUUGCGGCUCGGAGAACAAACUUACUCACAUCGAAGAGCCUAUCAUGUGCAUCUAUCGCAUGGUGUUUGAAACACCUGCAAUGUGUGACGACUAA